UGCACUCCCAUUGACCACCUCGACGACAACGCACUCGCCCAAGCAAGGUCAACAAGGGCUGGACAAACCGCCGCGAUUCCGGGCGAACAGUCAUAAGUAACAAAACAAUGGCAGCAGAGUGAUCUCGACUGCCCCCUUCACGUCGGUUGCCGGUGCCUGCACUGAUCGCUCCCCACCUCAGUGCAUUCCACGUCAAACUCACCCAGUGCUCUUUCCUCGCAGCUUUGGAUCGCGGUCGUGCGAGGCAGUCCUAGAAAGAACUAUCAUGGCGCCAGACCUCAACUCCGUGCCAGCUUCCCCUCGAAAUGCCACGGCCACGUCCAUGAGCAUGCAGCAGACACCUUCUGGACAACACGCUGCAACACACUCUACUUCCCGACAGUCAUCAACUCCCGCGUCUCGACGCGCUUCACAGAUAUAUCCCAUGAGCCCGCCGCCGCUUCCCCUUGCCUCGCCUGGUGGCAAUAUACCUCCCAGUGCUCAGCAUGGCCAUCCGUUCCCGCCGCUGAGCCCCAGCCUGGGGGGCCAUAUGUCGAGUGUUGAUGCCCAGGGCGUGCCGAUGCGUCAUCCAAGGCCCUUGACAGCAGCGGAGUUGCAUUUGGAGUUGGAGAAGGAACAAGAGGCUGUGGUUAACCGCCUAACUCGCGAACUCUCUGCCCUCCGCGCACACUCUGCGUCAGUGGCUUCCACUGCCUCGAGCGCAGCCUCAGGUGUGCUCCUCGACCCCGCAGAUGCCGCCCAUACAGGCUCCUUGACGGGCCCUACCCAUCCCACCUCCGCCCGCCGUCACCGCAGCUCGUCCAGCGUGUCUCGCAGCAGCAUAAGCAACCCAUAUGGUGGACCGGCUACCUUCUCCACUGGCAUUCCGCUCACGCCUGCUACGGCUGGCAUCCCACACUCACAUCAUCGAUACUCGGUGUCUUCGCAACCAGCGACUGGUGAUCCAUCUAGUGCACAACAAGCAAGGAGCGCGAGUGUGGUAAGUACGCCUAGGUAUGAGGAGGUUGCGCACUUUCGACAAGAGUUGGAGGAGGCGAAGAGGGAAAAUGAAGUGCUCAGGAGAAGGAUCAGGGAGUUGGAGAGGAUGAUUAGGCGAAGUGGAGACACGGGUACAGAUGCACAAAGAGGAAGGCGAGGUCCUAGUGCGCAGGGUCAGGUGCAGGUUAAUGGAUCGAAUGGGGAGGGGGCGGCUACUGGGAUUCCACACGAGGGAGAGACUUCGUAGUUUGAAGAGAAUGUGCCAGAGGAGUGGGUGGAUUUGCACUCUAAUGCCGAAAUGGGAAGGAUGCUUCCCAAGGUUCUUCUGUGGGAGAAUCAUCGUCCACAUCUCACUCGAUAUGGGAGUAGAAAGGAGCAUCCUUCUUUCUGGCCUAUCACAAUAACGACAUAAACGGUAACGGGUUUCUUCGAUAAAAGAAGGAAGGGCUUCAACUUUGACUAUCCAAUGCCUAUGAAAUGAAGCGAAACAUUCCACGAUACAAAUUAUUAAAUCCUUUUCUCUUUCGUGUUCUCUAACCCCCUCCAAAACAACUUGUUUUUGGACUACAGAAUCUCAUUUGAGGAAGACCCUGAUCGGCAGGGCCCAUACCCGGG